AUGUAUAAUAUUUUAUUUAUCUGGUUGACUGUAUUCACUGUUAUUGUCCAUUCACAAUCUUCACAUGAUUCACCGGCAAUUACAUCAGAAGGCAAUGGCUCAUACAAAAUUGAAGGAAAGAUUCUUAUUCCGCCAGGUGAUAAUUCUCUUGAAACUACUCGUGUAUUAAUUGAUGAUGGACAAUAUAUUGGAAUACCGCAAGUGGAUGGGACAUUCGUCGUUUGCGGUAUUCCAAGUGGAUCUUAUGUGGUUUCGGUAGUUUCGCCGUUACAUGUAUUUGAACCUGUACGCGUCGAUAUCAAUGUUAAAGGAAAAAUUCGUGCGAGAAAAGUCAAUCAUAUCCAACCAGGUGAAGUCGUUACAAUGAAAUAUCCAUUAAAUUUUGAAACACAUGGAAUUCCAAAUUAUUUUCAAAAACGCGAAGUUUAUCGUCUAACAGAUGUUAUUAUGAAUCCAAUGUUUCUAACAUUACUCGUCCCUCUAUUACUUUUACUCGUAUUGCCAAAAUUGGCAUCGACCGAUCCGGAAAUACAACGAGAUUUUCAACAAGCUUCAAACAUGUUACAACCGAAUUUUAAUAAUCCUAUACCUGAUAUUAGCGAUGUGUUUGCCAAUUUUCUAGGUGGUCCAAAAAAAUCAAAACCCCCCCAAAUACAAGGUGGCAGCGGUGGAGGUAGUAGUACUUCGGGAAGCGGUGGAGCUGUUAGUGCUGCUCCAAAAAGAAAAACAACGGAUCAAACAAAACGAAAAAGUUAA